UGGUCGGAGCGCGAUCUCCCCCUCUCUGCCGUCAUCGCAAAGUGGGUGUAUUUUGGAGCGAAGAAUAAGAGGGGAAGAACAAUCAGCGAAGAGAGAGAGAGAGAGAGAGAGAGAGAGAGGGAGGGAGGGAGCUUCACAUGGCUUCGUUGCCGUCUCGUCUUCCUCAGGAGCAUGGGGUGGGGCCGAGGGUUGAAGAUCGUCGGCCGGAGAUGGAGGAAGGGAAGGAAGCCUCUGUUGUUGAAGGGAAUGGUCCGGUAACCGGACAUAUUAUCUCAACUACGAUCGGAGGAAAGAAUGGAGAAGCCAAGCAGACCGUUAGUUACAUGGCAGAACGUGUUGUUGGAACUGGAUCUUUUGGGAUUGUUUUUCAGGCGAAAUGUUUGGAGACUGGGGAAACUGUUGCUAUAAAGAAGGUCUUGCAGGAUAGAAGGUACAAAAAUCGUGAGCUGCAGCUGAUGAGGUCCAUGGAUCACCCAAAUGUGAUAUCUUUGAAGCAUUGCUUUUUCUCCACUACAAACAGAGAUGAACUUUUUCUCAACCUGGUUAUGGAAUAUGUCCCUGAAUGCCUUUACCGAGUCCUGAAACACUACAGCAAUGCAAACCAACGAAUGCCACUUAUCUAUGUGAAGCUUUAUAUGUAUCAGAUAUUUAGGGGUUUAGCAUACAUUCAUACUGUUCCAGGAGUUUGUCAUAGGGAUGUCAAGCCCCAAAACCUUCUGGUAUGCUUCUAUGACAGUAAAUUACUUUGGGAUUUUCCCUUAGAAUUUCUUGAUGGAACCAAUUUGGCUCUCAUGCAGGUUGAUCCUCUUACCCACCAAGUUAAGCUUUGCGAUUUUGGGAGCGCUAAAGUCUUGGUAAAAGGAGAAGCUAACAUUUCUUACAUUUGCUCUCGAUAUUACCGAGCUCCUGAGCUCAUAUUUGGUGCCGUGGAAUAUACCUCAUCAAUUGAUAUAUGGUCAGCAGGAUGUGUUCUUGCUGAGUUGUUACUUGGUCAGCCUCUCUUUCCAGGUGGAAGUGCUGUAGAUCAGCUGGUUGAGAUAAUCAAGGUUCUUGGCACUCCUACUCGAGAAGAAAUUCGAUGCAUGAAUCCAAACUACACUGAAUUUCGGUUUUCUCAGAUAAAAGCUCACCCGUGGCAUAAGGUUUUCCAUAAACGAAUGCCUCCAGAAGCUAUAGAUCUAGCAUCAAGACUUCUUCAGUAUUCUCCAAGUCUUCGUUGCACUGCUCUUGAAGCAUGUGCCCACCCUUUCUUUGAUGAGCUACGAGAACCCAAUGCUCGGUUGCCAAAUGGCAGGCCAUUCCCCCCUCUUUUUAACUUCAAACAAGAAUUAUCAGGCGCAUCACCAGAGCUCAUCAACAAGCUGAUACCUGACCAUGUGAAAAGGCAGGCCGGCCUCAGUACUACUCUCCAUCCUUCAGGUACCUGAAGCCACCAUUAUUUUUGAACUAGAACAUUUCAAAGAUCCAAAGGGGAACUAUGAAGAACUUUGAUUUCCCAGAAAACCUAAGUUGUAUAGCAGAUGAAUUUCCUGCAAAGUUUUUGUGCCUCAUUCUUGAUCUACCACUCCUCAGCCCCUUGUAUAUUUGCCUUGCAUUUGAUCCAAAAAAGAUUAUUUUAGAUGAUGAAGAUGAUGAUUUGGGGAGCAAAUUGUAGUACUGGAACCUGUCUUUGUAUUAUUAUUUAUGACAAUUUUUUUUUUCUUUUUGCAAUUUUCAACUUUUAGUUGCUUG